AGUUUCGGCUGGCCACCGGCCGUCUGGCCAAUUGCCGUCCCGUCGCCGGCUUCGGGGGAGUGGAGGAUCGUAUCAUUUAGCCAUCCGGCCGUUUUUCAGGGACCUUUAAAGCGACAGUGGGCCAACCAGAUCAUCGUUUGUGGCGAGUCGGUUUGAGUAGAUGAAGAGCUAAUCUGGUAGCUUAAGCUGCUUGCUCGAGUAAUAGAUAAUUAUGCCAGGUUCAUACAUAGAUCAUCUGCCAGUACUUCUGUUCCGUUUUCAUUUCCUUCUUCCUUACCUUGGUACCCUAGACAUUGACGCGAUUACUGCGCUACAUGAUGUAUCCGUCGCUCUACCCCGCGCUAUUGCCAAAACAUGACUUGUGAUUGGCCAAAGCUCAGUCAUCUCAUUGACGUCAACGGUGAUUGCAAAUAGAAGCGAAACGAAAACACGAAUCUAUCAUUGUAAACUUCUCACUUACAUACGUGACCUAUCUACAUUUGCGAAUACCCUCCAAGUGCAUACGCAGUUGAUAGGCCGGGGGCGUGGAUAAGUGAACGGAGAGUUCGACUGGGCACCUCUUUAUCCGCUAUUUCGUUUGCAGAUCGUAUACAUAAAGCUCGAGUCUCACACUCAGAAGACGACUCUACCUGUUAGUUCACUCACAAUGGCAAGUGCUACAGGUGUCCCGGAGCGAUUCCCCCCUAUCGAGGAUUUGCCAGCCAGAGAAACCGAGCCUCUCCUUGGUCGACCUGGCGAUGCUGCGCAAGAAGAUGGGGUCCCCUUGAUCAAGAAUCUUGUUCUCGGUACUGGAAUAGUAGCUCAGCUAGGCGUGGUCCUACUCACUAUUCUGAUCUGGGCAAGCAUCCUCUCUAAGCCUUUGAUCCUCUUCUCAGCCCACCCACUCCUUCAAUCUCUCGCGGUUCUCACCCUCGCUCAGUCUGUUCUAAGUCUACAGCCGACCCAUACGGCAGAGCAGAAGCGUGUCGGCCAGCGCGUACAUGCCAGUCUCAACCUCGUGGCCUUUUUGAUUCUUGUUGCUGGCGUGACCAUCAUCGAGUACAACAAGAUUGCAAACAACGGUCCCCACUUUCACUCUGUCCAUGGCUAUCUCGGUGUCAUCACUUCUAUCGUUCUUCUUCUCCAAUACGGUGUUGGUUUUACCAUGUGGGCUACCCCGGCCCUAUAUGGCGGCGUGGACAAUGCCAAGGCUGUCUGGAAGUAUCAUCGCUGGAGUGGAUAUAUCAUUUUUGUUCUGCUCUUGGCUACCGUCGUCAGUGCUGUCGAGACAGACUACAAUCACAAUGUGCUCAAGAUCAAGCUAUGGGCCGUGCUAUUGCUGGCUAUUGUCACUUUAGUGGGUGUUGUGCCUCGGAUUCAGAAGCAAAAGCUCGGCUUUCCAGGUCCUGGCUCGACUUGACCGUCCUUGGUCUGUAUCACUUGAACCCUGCUGGAAACCAGUUACAAGGAACCUGUAGGUCCUCCUAUGUGCGAUGAGUUCGCGAACAGCCUUAGAACACGGUGACUGGUGUGUGGUCUCACUGUUUGCAACUGUCGUCCUGAAAGCUUUUGUACUGCGCCUUUGGCACGAUUGUGAGGAAUUUGCUGGGAGUAGUCGCGCCUCUCGCCGCUAUCAGCGAGCGAGAUUUCAUCAUGUUUAAUGCAGUUCAUUUUUCCCACCCUUUUUGUUACUUAGGCAUUGGCGCUUAACUAUCACAAUGUACUCAGUUUACCUGUCUCACGAUGCGAUAUAGGAAAUAUGUCUACGACGAAGCUAGCAACUACGUGUCAUCAACUUCUGAGUUGUAUCGACCAUAAAAGCUACAGUGCUGUGUGCAACACGCUGACCAUUCAAAGACUUGUAGUCGUAGAUCUGC